UAAGCUCACUAGUGCUAAAUGAGCUGUUUACAUUUACCGGGCGGUUUAUGCCUAAUAUAAUCUACCAAUGAAGUGAUGCCUUGCAGAGAUAAUCAAAUGCGACCGUUAAUACAAUUGUUGGAUCUUUCUAAAAAAAUAUAGACAAUUUUCUCGUCACACGCGCAUCCUGGCAUGUUUGCCAUGUUAUCAUUGUCGAAGCUACCGCAGCUGCUUCUCCUGUUAAACCCGGGCUGUUGGCGAGUUGUUUCCAGCCCCACCGAUGACAACGCUGCGCGGGGCGGCCAUGGAGACCACGGGGAGCCCGGUCAUAAAGAGACCCACCAGGAUUCAUACAGUACAUUUGCCUCAGAAUUCCUAGAGUCAAGAUAUCUCACAGAUGAGGGUUAUCCCUUCCCUACUGCCCCUCCUGUAGACCCAUUUGCCAAAAUCAAAGUGAGUGACUGUGGAAUAACCAAGGGUUGCAUCAGGUAUGGGAAGCCAGGCUGCGAUGCGGAGACGUGCGACUACUUCCUCAGCUAUCGCAGGAUUGGUGCUGACGUGGAGUACGAAAUGAGUGCGGACACUGAUGGAUGGGUGGCCGUGGGGUUCUCCUCAGACAAGAAGAUGGGAGGGGAUGAUGUCAUGGGCUGUGUCCAUGAUGACAAUGGGCGAGUUCGAAUACACCACUUCUACAACGUGGGCCAGUGGGCCAAGGAGAUCAAGAGGAACCCGGCCCGUGACGAGGAGGGCAUCUUCGAGAACAAUCGGGUGACCUGUCGCUUCAAGCGGCCGCUCUAUGUGCCUAGAGAGGAGACGCUGGUGGACCUGCACCUGAGCUGGUACUACCUGUUCGCAUGGGGCCCCGCCAUCCAAGGAUCCAUCACCCGGCACGACAUUGACUCGCCCCCAGUCUCCGAUCACAUGAUCAGCAUCUAUAAGUAUGAAGACAUCUUCAUGCCCUCCACCGCCUACCAGACUUUCUCCUCCCCCUUCUGCCUGCUGCUCAUUGUAGCGCUCACCUUUUACCUGCUCAUGGGAACCCCAUAGCCCCUCAAAGUGGAGAGAGUGCUGUUGGAAUGAGGGGAUCAGCAAUAAUCAAAGACACUGGGAAACACCAGUGCAUCACUGUCAGAGACCACACAAAAAGGGUGCGUCAUGCGUAGAUAUACAGAACACAUAUAAAUCUAAAACUCAAGAUGGAGCCUGCACUGCAGAUCAUUAAGCAAAUGAUUGUAGUGUUUCACCAAAAUCCACUCAAUGAAAAUGUUGGUUAGCCUUACAUCUUACAGUGAUUCAGAAACAGGUGUUUCUCAAUAGUAGAAUUACUAUUAGUGUUAUAUAAUUUAUGGAGUAUUUAUUAUAUUUUAAGAUUAUGAGCAUUAGUAAUUAGUUGCCAGAAUUGCAUGUGCCAUUUCAGCCUCCCAGUGAACAGACCUGGGGCCUACACAAUGUGAAGAACACUGGAACCAGCCAGUAAGACAAAACUGCACAGUAAAAUGUUGUGCCAUUGCUUCCAAUGGGAGGUUGUUGCUGCUGCCGUGAACAGUGAUUAUAGACGUACCUGAUACUCAGCUCCUAAAGACCUUUUGUCCUCUGCUUUACAGCAGAAGGUUCUGUUUAGUAUCAAUAGUAUCAGUGGUACAUUACAGUGCAGAAAAUCCAUUGCCACAUAAGUGAAUGUGGUACAUUUUCAGAAGAUCAAUCAAAUUACUUUUUAUCUUCAAGGACUGGGAGACAGAAAUUUCAGUGUUAAGAGCACAGCAUUGACCAUUUGUUGAGUCUAAUAAGUAUUCUGUCAGUCAGCCCAUACCUUUGCUAGAGCUAGAGAAGUAGGUACUGUAUGUUUCACCAUGGAAAAUGUAUGUUGACAUAAUACUCUAUUUCUUACAUCAUUGCUUCCUUUCUGUUGUUUUAGGAAAUGUUCUGGCAUCUUGUAAACAAGGGCUGUUUUCUGAAAGAAAGUUAAUUUAGUAGUUUAACUGAUUUAAUUGUCACUUAAUUGUCGUUAAUCUGAACACCAAAACGAGCCUAUAGCUAUUAUAACGUGAACCCCAGAGAAAGAAUUUAGUUAGAUAUCCCAAAUGUACAGCUGGUCAGUGGCCCAUAGCUGAUUUACCAACGCUUGGCAAGUUGAACAAAAUACUUCCCCUGGGGUUUCUUACACAACCGAACAACACUUGGAUUCCAUUCAAUUGUUUCAGCUCUGAAGGAAAGGAAGCAUUUCAUUACAUGGAAAACAUCUAUUUGCAGUUCUUAAGCCAUGUUUUUUUAAGCCUUUUUUCUGCAUCAAAAUUAAAUUAAGUUUGAAGACAAUGAAUAUAAAACUUUCCAUCCAGCUUUGAUCUGAGUCUUUGAUUACAAGGUCAAAUCUGUUUAUAAAUACUGUGAAACCAAUGCAGUACACGUAGGGCUGCAUGAUAAUAUCGAGGUCGUAUCGAUGUCAGCCAAGAAUAUCUUCAAACAAACUUACUGGUAUUGACCCAUUGCUAAGGUUAUGGCCAAUAUCAUGAGGCAACAUGCAGCAGAGAGUGUACACAUUUGAUAUGUUGCUGAUAUUUUAAAGUAAGUAAAAAUGUCAUGCUCAAAAUGUAACCAAUUAUUCACCUUUGUUAUUAUCAUUCAUCAUCAUUUUCAACGAGCCAAACCCAAAAGCAAAGCUAUACAGGGACUCAGUAACUCUUUACUCAUGUUAUCUGCUUAAUAAUAAAGUAAGCAAGUUGAUAUUUUUGGCAUAAAA